UGGACGCGUCACGGAGAGACGGGACGGGCGCCGCGGGUCGCAGCGGGAUGCUGAAGGGGCUGGGCCGCCGCUCCCGGGCAGGCCGGGGGGGUUCCGGCUCCGAGCCCGGAGCGCGUCGUCUCUCAGCACCUCUUGCGGCGCCUCUCUCCCGUCCCGCUCCCGGGGCAGCCCCGCCGGGCCCGCGGUGACGUGGCCGCCCGGGUCCGCCCCGCUGCGUCGGGUCGGAUCUCCAUGGGCACGGGCCGGAGCGUCCCCGCCGCAGGUGGCUUCUCCGGGGCCGCCAGGGCGGCAGGUGGGGGUGAUCCUUGGUGUGCUGGGGAGGGCUCGGGAACGAUUUGCCCGGAGAGAGGACAGGGACAAUACAUCUGUUCCGCAAAUCACAGAGGUCAUUGGUUGGAAAGUUAACACAUGAAUUUAGGCUGGUUGCAGCAGAUAGAAGGUCCUGGAAGAUCUUGCUGUUUGGUGCUAUAAAUUUAAUAUGUAUUGGCUUCCUGCUAAUGUGGUGCAGCUCUACAAACAGCAUAGCUUUAACUGCUUACACGUAUUUGACAAUCUUUGAUCUUUUCAGUUUGAUAACAUGUCUAAUAAGCUACUGGGUAAUGGUGAAGAAACCCAGUCCAGUCUAUUCAUUUGGGUUUGAGAGGUUUGAAGUUCUAGCUGUAUUUGCUUCUACGGUUCUGGCGCAGCUUGGUGCUCUUUUUAUACUGAAAGAAAGUGCAGAGCGAUUUCUGGAACAGCCUGAGAUACACACGGGGCGACUGCUAGUUGGUACUUUUGUGGCUCUUUUUUUCAACUUAUUUACAAUGCUUUCUGUGAGGAAUAAGCCUUUUGCUUAUGUCUCUGAAGCUGCAAGCACGAGCUGGCUUCAGGAGCACGUUGCAGAUCUCAGUAGAAGUAUUUGUGGAAUCAUCCCAGGACUGAGUAGCAUCUUUCUACCACGGAUGAACCCUUUUGUCUUGAUUGAUAUUGCUGGAGCUCUAGCUCUUUGCAUUACGUAUAUGCUCAUUGAAAUCAACAAUUACUAUGCUGUAGACACAGCAUCAGCUAUAGCAAUAGCUUUGAUGACAUUUGGUACAAUGUACCCCAUGAGUGUCUACAGUGGGAAAGUACUGCUACAGACAACCCCACCACAUGUGUUUGGCCAGUUGGAUAAACUUCUUAGAGAGGUUUCAACUUUGGAUGGUGUCUUGGAAGUUCGAAAUGAGCAUUUUUGGACAUUAGGUUUUGGCACUUUGGCUGGAUCAGUACAUGUCCGAAUUCGAAGAGAUGCGAAUGAGCAAAUGGUACUUGCCCAUGUCACUAACAGAUUAUACACAUUGGUCUCAACCUUGACUGUUCAGAUUUUCAAAGAUGACUGGAUCAGACCUACCUUAUCAUCUGUGCCUAUUGCAAACAAUAUGCUGAACCUUUCGGAUCAUCAUGUUAUUACAAUGCCGUCUUUGAAAGCUGCUGACAACUUGAACCCUAUUACAUCUACUCCAGCAAAGCCCAGCAGCCCGCCACCAGAAUUUUCUUUCAAUACACCAGGCAAAAAUGUGAAUCCAGUUAUCCUUUUAAACACUCAAACAAGGCCCUAUGGAUUAGGCCUUAAUCACGGAUCCACACCUUACAACAGUGUACUCAAUCAAGGAUUUGGAAUACCGGGAAUGGGAGCGACUCAAGGAUUCAGAACUGGGUUUACAAAUGUCCCAAGCAGAUAUGGAACAAACAUUCGUGGUCAAUCCCGACCAUAAUAAACAGCAUUAUUUAUUGUACUUAAGGGUAUUGACUUAAUUAUUUUAUUACCCAAUUUUUAUGAACAUUUGGAAUGUCAGAGCAUUCUAAAUGGCUGGGAACAAGUGCAUUGUUCAUAUUUGUGAAAUGGUUAAAUUGCUUUUUUUUUCUUUAUGUUAACAGUAGCCUGUGUAAUGCCACAAAUGUUUUCCAGACUUAGAUACUUUACAGGUAGUUUUUAUAGCGUCUACUUUUAUUCGGCUUUCUACUCACUCUCCUUUUUUUCCCCAAGAAUGUAUCAAGAUUACAGCACAACUACAUAAGAAAGUAAAUUUGUGACUAAGUAAUGCUUUUAACUAAUGAGAACAGCUUACUGAGUGCUGAAUGGUUGAGAGAAAAGGAAACCGCAGAUGUGCAAGACUCUGUUUUUGAGGAUGUUUUGAUUGCUAUAUUAAGCCACAUUUUGGCAAAGUCACAAUUAGUUUUUCCAGGGUUGCAGAAGUCCAUCAGUACUCAUAUCGUGGCCAUUGUAAGGACAAUCUGGCAUUUCAGAUUCUAAUUAAUUUUAUGAGGCACAGUUUUUAACACUUUUGUUGAUGCCUUUAUAGAAACUCAGAUGGCUCAGCAACCAUUUUCUAGCUGUAAGUUUUCCACAUCCAUCUCUGAUAUUUCUUUUUGAUAUAAUUUCAGAAUAAGCAAUAUACUGGGAAAUAAAGGAUUUCAAACUUAAGAUUUUACAAGCACCUCUUUUUUACAGUUAACCCUGUUUAAGAUACAGAACAGAUGUCUGUUUUGUUUCUGAAGCCAGUAUUUCAUUUUUCACUAUGGAAAGUGUUCUCCGAUUUGAUUGUGACUUUGUAUUUUGCCUCUUUGUAUUUUUCCUGUAGUUUCAGGAGAAAAAGAUUACCUACUUCUCUGCCUAAGUUUCUGUCCAGAAUACUGUCAGUUCUUACAGUCAGUGCUGGAGUGCUUAACAUUCAGAGCACGCUGAGAACAAGACUGCCCAACUGUCUCUGCUUUUGCAUUAUUGUUCUACUGUGCAUAUAGAAGGCCCUAUUUCUUCACGGCCUUUCUCAGAAAAAUUUUCCCUCUGCUUGUUUUUUCUGCUCUGCACUGAUGGUGACAGGGAAAGGCUUUGUAGAAAUGCAUCAGCUUUUUUUUUUUCUGUCCUCUCUUGCAGUACACAUCUUUUAAUUCCCCAGCCAGUACCUCCUUUGCAUUUUCUUCUGCAUCUCUUGGCUGUUCAGGAAUGGGUUGCCCAUUCGUAUCGUUUCACUUGCAACUCAGGGUGCUGUGUCUUGGCUUGCACCUCAUUAUUGUGUAUCCAAAGUCUCUCCAUUUGUCCCAGGUAGAGAGCUGUAGUAUCUCAGGGACUCCAAGUUUAAUAAUGUUUGUUACCUGAAGCUAACGAGUUCGAUAGAAAGAAAGAUCUUGUUCUCCUGUAGAGCUGAGUUGAGAAGCAGCUGCCUUCAUUUGAAUUUUCAAGAUCUGUGGCCUCAACAUUGGCUGAGGAUUUUUUAUUUUUUUCAUAUGUGUUUUUUCUCUGCUGCCUCUGACACAUGGAGAAGGGUGCCACUCCUGUGAACAAAGCAAGGUGACAUUCUGCACAGAGGCCCCUUGCUGGGAUUUUGUAGGCUGAAGGUAGUGUCCAGACUGCCACUGGCAUACAGUAAUGUAAGUUACACACGGGGGAUCUAACUCUGUACUUUAUUUGCAGCAACAAUAAUAAUUUCACUGCUGUCUUUGAAUAUGUAACCAUCAGGAAAGCAUCAUUUCAAAAUCACUGCGCUCCGAGGUCGGCGUUAGCUCUGUAACCAGCAUCCUCUCACUGCUCUGUGUCUAUGCGUAGUCCAUUGGAUGUGCCAUUGCUGCAUGGAGACUCACAGAAGUACAGAAUGCUUCAACAGAUUUCCUGUACCUCCUGGGUGCUGAACUGGGCUGCACUCUGCACCACCUGCAACAGCAUAGUGCCAGCAGAAUGUUUACAUUUACUACUCUCACGUGGCCUAUUGCAGAAUUGUUCCUUACUCCAGUUUCAUAAGCAAAUUUUCCUUUUUGGUGACAUUUGAAAUAUAUUGUAUUAUAUUGAUUGCAUGCCUACUUGUUUUUAGUAGAAAGUUAAAGCUUCAUUUUAUUAAAGAAUAAAUAAAAAAUGAAGCUGAUCUUUGAUUUAAAAUGCGAAGGGAGAAUGGAAUUCCAGAAUUCUGAGUGCAAUAUAAUCACUUGAACAAAAUUAUUUUUUUGAGUGAUUGUUUAUAUAUAUAUAUAUAUCACAUGUGCAGAUGAUAAAGGUUCUUUUAGAGAUUAGAACAGCUUUUUAGCUGCUUUAUUGUAAUGAAUAUAAUUCAGAAUAUUUGUUAAAUCAACAGAGAGUAAAAUGUCUCCUUUUAUAAGAGGAAAAUAAAAUCAGUGUCAUCCAUGAAUGACAAGGAAAAAAAAUGGUAAUUUGUGUGCAGAAUGUUGUAGUUAUCUUUCACUUAGGGAAACAGAUGUGGUUUAUGGGAUAUGCUCUGAAGUGGCACCCAUCUACUCAUUGAACUGUAGUUUUUGCUGGGCCUACUACCGAUGUAGAUUGGUCUUGUAAUAUUUCUAUCAAAAGCAUUUUUACUGCGCCUUAUCUUUUCUAAUUUUAUUUUAUUUUAUUUGUUGCUAGGUGUUCACAAUCAAAACAGUUAUAUGGAAUGUGACUAUGAAUUGCUAAUUUCUUUUGUCUUCAUUCCUGGCAAUAGGAUUGCUAUUCCAGCGAGAGGAGGAAGAGGACUCGCUCUUGCCAUCAUUUCUGCCUGGAGAACAGUCUGCAUUGUUACUUCCUUAGCCAGUUCUUGCUGCGUAUGCUUAGGAUUGCUUCACUUGUAGCUAAAUGUAGAAAGUGCUGAAGAAUGAGGAUUGUGCAUCGUUACUUUUCUUGUGAUGAACUUACAAGAGGAGUUAAAGCUUGUGUUACAGCACAUGUAACUAGUGUAAACCCAAACUAAAAACCUGUUGAGCUCUGA